AUGGCAACCGUGGCUUCUCAACCUGCCACGCAGCCUCCCACCCCUCCAAAAUCAGACUCACAAGCAUCACCGAUACCGAGGAUUCUCGAGCACUCUCCCGAACUGCAGAAGGAUAUUACCGGACUUGACACGCAAACUGCUACUCCCGCGAGUAGCAAUGGUGGGUCCGUGAGUGGGCUCUCGAGGAAAAGAUCACGCACAGGUCCACGAUCACGAAGCGGAACAGCUACCUCGGUGGCCAGCUCCUGCUAUUCACAGGCGUCCACCAUGGUGGAUGGUGCAGCGCUGUAUCGUCCAACGUCGCAAAUCUUUCCUGCCGUGACGAGUCCAAGUGAGACGUCGAUGACAGAGUCAUUACCAGGCUACUUCAGGUCCAACUUCUUCUCCUCCGGCCGGGUAAUGCGGCGGCAAGGGAGUAAAGUGUCCCUUGGGGCAUCGGAGAUUUCGUCAGAAGAGCCGGACAAGCGUCUAAGCAGUGCGAGGCGACUCCUGGGUCUUGGCCUCGAUCGGAACAAGAGAGACAAGAGUCGUCGACGUCCAGAAACUACCUAUGAGCCUCCGAAACCUCGACCAGUCAUCUCAAGCCCCUUCGACUUCCAUCAUGUCAGCCACACCGAACGCACUCAGCGUGCUGCACGUGAUGGGGACAUCUACUCUUCUCUGCAACACAUGCGAACUCCAUCACGAACCCUCAAUGGAAUCAAAGCUACUGAUCUCCCACAUCGUCGUGUCUCUCAUCCGCCCCCGAUCAUGGAACAGGACGUCGAAGUCCCCACGUCUCCGGAAAGUGGCAGUGUAAGGCCACAAGUCAGCCCAGUCAAGUCGCCAGAAUCACCACCAGUAUCGCCAUUGCCUGUUACGGGCCGAGGCCUUAACCACAGCAGAUCCGCCGACAGCUUCUCUCAACCACGAACACGAUUGCAAACGCAGAGCAUGUCUAUCGCCAUGCAAAGUCCCCCACCAAGAAAGUCGUCCCGAGCGGCCUUGGAGGGUCGUCCGACGAUCCUUGAGGAUCUGAUUAAAGAUCUCAACACAGAGAAGCCACUGCCUUCACCAUCCGAGGAAGUCACGGAAAAGCCGCUACCACCUCCGGCCGACGAAGCCCUGGAGAAAUCACUUCCGCCUCCGCCUCCAGAGGAAGAAUCCGAGCCCCCGACAGGCGUCUGGGAAUUCUCCUUAGGGGACCAUCAGCAGAAUAUCGAUGACGACAUGCCGGCGCAUGAUGAAAUUGAGGAAGAUGACGCCCCAGCAUUCUCGCAUGCCGUGACAACUGACAUUCCCGUUACUGUGACACCCGUUCCUGUAAUCGAAGUCUUGGAGAGUGUAUUAGAAGACCUCGAAAGUCAGGCCGCUUCACCCCAGGAACCACAAGCAGAGACGGAAGACACUGUAACCGAUGUUCCAGAAAUCACUACCAGGCGGUCUUCGCGCCUCCUCCCUAGGCCAUUGGCUUUGAAAGGUGCCACUCGUGUACCACGUCCGGAAUCCUCAAUGUCGCUUGCUCCUGCGUUUUCACCCAUCGGUAGAGAAUUUCCUCCAACCCCUGUGCAAAACACGUUUGGCAACACGCAAGAUUAUGAGUCCUGGGAACAGGACGUCGACUAUUGCUACGAUCAUGCGGCCGAGUCUCAUGAAGACUACGACUGGGUACGCACGUCUACCGACACACGACGCCCUCCCACGUCCGAUGGUGAGAAUCUGAACCGACUAAGCGACAUUCUCAACCUCGACGACCUUGACGACCUCGACUCCCCAGGUCUCUCACAACACCGCCGCAGCCGCGCAACACGACCAUCACUGUACGUCCCGGAUGUGGACGCCGUCCCAGACCUCGCCCGGCGGCGCUCCGCACACUCAGCAUCCACCUACCCAAGCAGCGUCCGAACUCCCUCGGUGGUCUACUCGCCAGUCUUCCCCGACACCACGCCCAUGCCGGAGCACCUCCAGGAGUAUCUCAACGCACAGCCAAAAUACCACGCCAUGCGCGAGGAUGCAUACGCAGAAUACGUCGCCGACUGCCUCGAGGCCGAGCGCUCCCAGUACCCCAUGCUCAACCCACACCGCCACACCCAUCUGUCCAGCGCUCGCCUCAGCAAAAGCAGCUCCUACGACGACAGCAGCGACUUCACCGGCUCCUGCUCCCUGCACUCUUCCCUGCGCCGCUCCGCCGGCUCCGUCGGCAGCCUGCCCGACCUCGUCCACAGCACCCAGUACAACCACUCGCACCCGGCCCGCCGCGAUAACCGCACCUCGAUGGCUUCCCCAAGCGACCGCUUCACAUUCUUCGCCGCUACCGCUGACGACGCCGACGAGCAUGAUCUCGAUCAUGCCCCUGAGCGCCCACACACACAAUCACAGCCUCAACCACAACCCCUGAGAACCCCACCGCCGACUCCAGCAUCCGUUUACUCGGCGCCCGCGUACGCGCCCCCACCCCCACCCACACACGAGCGUAGCGUCUCCGACUCUGCAUUCAAACUCCUCUCCUUGUCCUCCACGUCGCCGCGACGCACACUGCGCAAACGCUCGGCUACACUCGCACAGGCCCCGCCACCAAUCAGCAAGGCGCCACUGUCGCUGUUUCCGCCGCCGCGGGUUGCUGUGUAA